AUGGUCGUACAUUAUAGUAAGAAAUGUUUUGAUUUCUUGCAGAUUGUUUCCCAUGAAAAUCCGAAAAUAUUACAGCGAGGUGCAUUUACCCAGGCUGUACCAAUUAAAGAAGAGAAAUACCACAGACAUGUGAGUGAUUCCAUUGCAAACAACUACAGCCCCGCUGCAAGAGACUUUUCAACACACUACAUCUAUAAAUUGAUCAGCAGUAAUGAGUACAGUGAAUAUAAUAGAAUCAAAAGCCUUCUCGGCGCACAAAAGCCUGUGUAUUCACAAAACCUUCACACUGUAAAAACUAAACUUUCAGCCAAGUCUACUCCUGGCUCCUGGAAUGAAGACCACUGUGAGUUUUUCAGCAUUGCAGCAACCCUGGGAACUGAAUGCCAGUCAGAAAAUAGUGUAUCAUCCAAUUGCAAGCCUGCCUUUGAUCUUGGACUGAGAAACUCAGAACCUCUCCCUCCAAUCCAGAAGCAAAUAAAUACUAAGGAGAAGAGACAUCCCUCGAUUCAGUGCACAGACUCCGUGACACAGAAAAACCAAGACGACUGUCAUUAUAAGAGCACAAAUGAACCUAUUUGGAUUGCAGACUGCAGCAAGUACCUGUCUCCCAAUAGGAGUUCCAGAGUUCUUCCAACAUUAUCAGACAAUGCAGACAUCUUUGGCUCGCACAGACCACCGUCUUUAUCACAAAACAAAGCCAUCCAUUAUUUCUGCACACCUGCAGCAGGACAGCAAGGGCUGCUGAAAGGGAAUAACCCCUCUACACAUUCUGAAAUACGUCCAAUCUCAGAAAAAGCGCACAAGAAAAAAACCAAGAAAUUUGAUUCUGAAGCAGAAGACAAGAGAGAACAUGAUAAAUCCACCAGAGCUGCCCUCCAUGUGGUGUUUCCACCCUCAUCAUACUCAACACAUGGUCUUUCUAGACCAGGAACACCUACAAAGCAGCACAUACAGAGAUAUUACAGGCUUAUUGAAGAAUCCAUCGACCCCUGUAUGGUGACUCCACUUAGUGAAGAAUGGCUUCAGGGAAUCUAUUCAUACAUACCAGCAGAACUCUGCAAGGUGUGGAACAAAUCCCUUCAGGAUUUAUCAAAGGAGGCAGAAGGAAGUUAUUUGAAUGCCAUAAAAAAAUCAAUUUUAGAUUACCUGUUGUUGGACCCACAUGAACAGGAAAGGCUGGGAAUUGAGGUUCCUAAAAAGACAUCUAACAGCUCUGGGAGAGAAAGAUUUCCCUGGCAUAAAAGUGUAAACGUUGCAUGUGGCAGAAUGAAGAAUAAUUUAUACAUCACUCAUCCUAUUAUGUCGGCAGUGCUACUCAACUUCUAUACUAAGUAUGCAACUUUUAGAUUGAUCGAUACUGAUAAUCUCCUUGAGACGGUGCCUGUGAUGCUAGAUCAGCUUGUUAUUCACAUGAGUUAUAUUGCCAAGAAAAGAUCAGAAAUGUUACAAGCGUCCUGGCUAAAAGAUUGCUGUGAUAUUGUGAACAAAAACAGAGAACAAAUUGAAAAGAUAAUGCCCCAAGAUGAUGAGGGAUUACGAAGGAAGAAGAUGGAUCAUUUUUUUCACAGUUUAGCAACACUAAUGUCCAAUCUUCUAAGAAAUAUUGUUGAAGCGUCUGUUAUUGACCUGGUCAAAACAAUUGAAAAAUAUUCUGAGGGAAGUCAAUAUGAAGGAAUUUAUCCUUCUGAUAAACUUUGGCAUCCAGUGAAACCCCAUCUUAUAUUAAUAUUCAUGAAGCCAUUCUUAAAAGAAUCAGAUGUCAGAUUUAAUCCAUCAGUUGAAGAGAUUGUCUCUGGCUUUGACAGUGUAGUGGAAAGCAUGGUUAUCAGUGUCCAGCAGAUGCCAAGGAUUGAGAAUUUUCUCUUCCAGGCUGUAGAUAAUCUGAAAAUCAAAUACAUCAGCUCAGUACAGAUCUACGAAGAGAUUGUCCUGUCAGCAAAGGAAAGAAUAAAAAAUGUGAUGGAAAACAACAUCCAUGGCCCAAACAGAUAUUCUCUGGUAUACAAACCUUUUCUACAUCUGCUGUCACCUUUGAUGGAAGCAAGACUUGAAACUCUCAUUAAAAAAGGUCUAAACCUAAAUGUAUAUGAAAAAGAAAUUAAGAUCUUGAAAAAAAUCUCAUCAGAUGUGUCCUCUUUACCAGUACUUGUACCUAUGGAGUUGAUGCUAUUAAAUUGCUCCGAGAUUAACCAGCACUUGAUUGAUCGUACCCGCCAGCUGGCUAAUAUCAUAAUUAACAAAGUUGCUACCACGUCUAAGAAGUUUAAUCGAAAAAUUUGCCAACAGUACGAUGACAUUGUGACAAAGAUUUCUUCAAUUGCUGCAUCAACAUUUGCUCUUGUGGAGCUGCAAAACUAUGUAGACAAACUGAGGAGCUUUGAGCUUUUGGAGAUUAAGCAAAAUCUGGCAGUGGCAGCAGAAAACCUUCUUUUCUUAAUGGAUUAUGCAUCCUUAUCUAAAGAGGAAAUGAUCCUAAAUGGGAACACCUUUUCUUGGCCUGAACGGAUCAUCCCUAUUAUUAGAAAUAGUGAGACACGAUUGCAAAGAGAGCGUGAUACAGCCCUGGAAAAGCUGUCUCAGUGGCAGAAGGAUUUCACAAAGCGCUUAGCUGAUUUGACCACUGAGGUGAGAGAAUUUCAGAAGAAGCAGCUCAUGACGGAAGCUAAUGUGUAUGUGCACAAGCUUAAUGCCAUCAGUGCAAAAAUCCAAGAGUACAUUAUGGAGAGGGCCUUGAUCAACCAAGAAGAAACACUUCUAGAAACAGGGCAAAUUAGUGAUUUUAGGCAAAUUGAAGAUAUCUGUAAACUAAAGGAGCCUUAUGAGCAGCUUUGGGAUACUACUGUUCACUUUAUUUCAUGCUAUGAAAAGUGGAUGAACGGGCCUCUCUUACAAGUUAAUGCAGAGGAAGUGAGCGAGGAGGUGCAGAAUUUAUGGAAAGCUAGUUACAAGAUGACAAAAGUGUUUUAUCACCCUGACUUACAUGGACCUUUAAAAGUAGCUACCACCAUUAAGACCAAGCUCGAGAAGUUUAAAAUCAACAUGCCACUUGUAACAGCUCUGUGUACACCUGGGAUUAAGCCAAGACACUGGAAUCAGAUGAGUCAAAAGGUUGGAUUUAACAUUACGCCAAAUGAAGGAACAGCGCUUCAUGAAGUUUUGCAGCUUGGCCUUGAAAAGUACCUUGAUGAUUUAAAUCAAAUCAGUUUACAAGCCGGUAAAGAGUAUGCUCUGGAGAAAGCCCUUAAUAAAAUGAAAGCAGACUGGGAACAUGUUUGCUUUAUCUUUACACCUUACAAGGACGGAGAUAUUAAAGUACUAUCAGCUGUAGAUGAAAUUCAGGUUUUGCUGGAAGAUCACAUUGUGAAAACCACAACCAUGAAAAGCUCUCCAUUUAUUGCACCAUUUGAAAAAGAAAUAUUAGCAUGGGAGGCUAAGCUGUGGCUUAUGCAGGAGAUUUUGGAAUCCUGGUUAAAAGUUCAGUUGGCUUGGCUGUAUUUGGAACCAAUUUUUGGAUCAGAAGAUAUACGUAAUCAAAUGCCAGUUGAAGGAAAAAAGUUUGAAAUUGUUGACAGAAACUGGAAGCUAAUAAUGAAGGAGUCUGUAAAAGAGGCCAAUGUCAUGAGGGUUAUCUCACAGCCCCAGAUGCUGGAUAAGUUGAAGGAGGCAGAAUUGCUUUUGGAUGACAUUCAGAAAGGCCUAAAUGAUUAUUUGGAAUGGAAAAGACUAUUCUUUCCAAGGUUUUUUUUCCUGUCCAAUGAUGAAUUACUAGAAAUCCUGUCUGAGACAAAAGAUCCACUAAGAGUACAACCACAUCUCAAGAAAUGCUUUGAAGGUAUUGCAAAGCUCACGUUUAAUGUGAAGAAAGAAAUUACACAUAUGGAGUCUGCAGAGAAUGAAAAAGUAGAACUCGUGCAGCGAAUAAUUCCUGAGAAUGCCAAGGGGCUAGUUGAAAAAUGGCUUUAUGAGGUGGAGAAGGCUAUGAAGACAUCUCUUCAUGAAGUCAUGAUUCAGUCCAUCGUUGCUUAUGGAGAAAGUCCAAGGAAACAGUGGGCCCUACAAUGGCCAGGCCAGGUUGUCUUGGCUUCCAGCAUAGUGCAAUGGACAAUGGAGACUUCAAAGGCUAUUCUGCAAAAAGGGGGAUUGCAAACCUAUCUGAAACAAUGUAGUGAGCAAAUUGAAGAAAUAGUCAAUUUAGUGAGAGGAAAACUGACAAAAAUGGAACGGAUUACCCUUGGAGCACUUAUCACCAUUGAUGUUCACGCUCGAGAUGUGGUCUCUAAUCUCAACAACCUUAGAACUAGCAGCACCUCAGAUUUUAACUGGAUUUCACAACUGCGAUACUACUGGGAAGAAAAUAGCGUUGUUGUACGAAUGGUUACUACAACUGUACCGUACGGUUAUGAAUACUUAGGCAACAUUGGGAGACUUGUUCUUACACCUCUUACUGAUCGCUGUUUCAGGACUUUAAUGGGGGCUUUACAGCUGAAUCUUGGUGGCGCUCCAGAGGGACCUGCAGGUACAGGAAAAACAGAAACAUGCAAAGACUUGGCAAGGGCUGUAGCAAAGCAGUGUGUUGUUUUCAACUGCUCUGAUGGACUAGACUAUAAAGCCAUGGGGAAAUUCUUCAAAGGUCUGGCACAAUCUGGAGCUUGGGCAUGCUUUGAUGAAUUUAAUCGUAUUGAGCUUGAGGUUCUUUCUGUAGUCGCUCAACAAAUCCAGACAAUUCAGCGUGCAAUUUCAGAGCAAGCGCAGUCCUUUAUCUUUGAAGAUUCUGAAAUCUCUUUGGACUCCUCAUGUACAGUGUUUAUCACAAUGAAUCCUGGGUAUGCAGGGAGAGCUGAGUUACCUGACAACCUGAAGGUUCUUUUUCGAACAGUCGCAAUGAUGGUUCCAGAUUAUGCUUUGAUUGCAGAAAUCUCUCUCUACUCAAUGGGCUUUGUUGCUGCCCGCAGACUUGCUGCAAAAAUAGUAGCUACAUACAGGCUAUGCUCUGAGCAGUUGUCUUCACAGCAUCACUAUGACUAUGGAAUGAGAGCAGUAAAAUCAGUUUUAACUGCAGCUGGAAACCUUAAGGUUAAAUUUCCCAAUGAAAAGGAGGAUGUGCUAAUGCUCCGAUCGAUUCACGAUGUCAAUCUGCCAAAGUUUUUGUCCCACGAUAUUCCGCUUUUUGAUAGCAUCAUCUCUGACCUCUUUCCAGGGGUAGUUUUACCUCCUCCUGACCAUGGAUGCCUGGAGGUAUCCAUCAGGGAAAUUGCAAUGAAAAUGAAUCUGCAGCCAGUCCCUUGCUUCAUCAAGAAGAUAAUACAAAUUUAUGACAUGAUGCUAGUACGUCAUGGUUUCAUGCUAAUUGGAAGCCCUCUAGGAGGAAAAACGUCUGCCCUUAAAGUACUUGCAGGGGUUCUAGGAGACUUGGCAACAAAAGGAAUGAUGGAUGAACAUGGAGUGGAAUAUAUUUUCAUCAACCCCAAGGCUAUUACUAUUGGCCAGCUGUAUGGCAGAUAUGACCCCUUUUCACAUGAGUGGGCUGAUGGUGUUUUAGCUAAUGUAUUUCGAAAACAUGCUACAAGUUCAUCCCAGGGAAGGAAAUGGUGCAUAUUUGAUGGGCCGGUUGAUGCAGUAUGGGUUGAGAAUAUGAAUACAGUCCUUGAUGAUAAUAAGAAACUGUGUUUGAUGAGUGGAGAAAUUAUUCAGAUGAGUUCCCAGCAGAACAUUAUUUUUGAGGUAUUGGACCUCGAGCAGGCUUCCCCAGCUACUGUCAGCAGAUGUGGGAUGAUUUAUAUGGAAGCAAAAGACUUAGGAUGGGAACCGUUAACAGAAUCUUGGCUGGCAACACAAGUUCCAAAAACACUGACUACUGAAGAAAACCAGAUUGUACAGAUGAUGUGCCAAUGGCUGCUGCCUGCUUGCUUAGAUUUUGUAGAAAAGAAGUGUAAUUUUGUGAUUCACACAUCGUCUAUGCAUAUGACAAUGUCCAUGUUGAAGCUUUAUGAAUGUCUACUAGCAAAAAUAAGCUCAUCCAACUCUGCAGCUGAUAAUGAGGAAGAGGUUUUUGAUAUUCAAGAUGAGACAAAUACAGAAAGUUAUCAAGCAGUUAGUAAACGAAGGAAGGACGAAGCUAUCAUUUUGUUGGUGGCUUAUGGUUUCUUUGCUGUUACCUGGUCUAUUGGUGGAAUUCUUAGUUCGGAAUCAAAACAGUGCUUUAGUGACUUCUUAAAAAGUAUAUGUGACCAGGAAUCCAACUAUCCAAAGCCAAAAGGUCUCCAAAUCCCAAGGGCAUCACAACUACCCAAAGGACAGAGUAUCUAUGACAUUGUGUACUUGCAGAAGAUGUUUGUUUCAUCAUGGUGUACAUGGAAAGAUCUAAUAACGCCUACAAACAUUGAAGAAUGUACUAAGCUGAAUGACAUUAUUGUGAGCACACCCGGGACUGCUAUGCAAAUGUACUUCCUGGAGUCGUUGCUUCUUCAAGACAAGCCAUUACUUUUUGUUGGCCCCACAGGCACUGGAAAGACAGCUAUUACAAACAGCUUCCUGCAACAUUUACCUCAAGAAAAAUAUGUUGUAUGUCAAAUUAACUUCUCAGUUCAGACUUCAGCUAAUCAGACCCAGGAUAUUUUCCUAACAAAACUCGAAAGGAGAAAGAAGAGGGUUUACGGUGCUCCACUGGGGAAAAGAGCUUUUGUCUUUGUUGAUGACCUAAACAUGCCUGCCAAGGAGAAAUAUGGUGCCCAGCCUCCCAUUGAACUGCUCAGGCAAUGGAUUGAUCAUGGCUACUGGUUUGACAGGAAGAACAGUAAUAAAAUACAAAUCAAGGACACAUCAGUCGUCCUAGCCAUGGCACCUCCAUCUGGCGGAAGACAUGCAGUUUCUCGUCGUCUCCUGCGUCAUUUCAAUGUUCUAUCAAUAGAUGCUUUUAGUGAUGAAACUAUGAAGAGCAUAUUUCAGCCAGUUGUCGACUGGCAUUUCAGCCAAGGAUUUGAUAUAUCUCUGAAACGAUACUCAAGAAUAUUGGUAUGGGCCACAAUGGAUGUAUACAGACAAGUGACUGAGGCUUUUCUUCCCAUGCCUUCAAGAUCACAUUAUAUUUUCAGUUUGCGGGAUUUUUCUAGGGUCAUUCAGGGAAUUAUUCUUUUGAAACCUGGACAAGUUCCCCACAAUUCUGAAGGAGCUAAAAAGUUAAUGAGACUUUGGAUUCAUGAAGUGUACAGAGUUUUUUGUGAUAGGCUUGUCAGCAGUCAAGACAGGAAAACAUUUCUCCAGAUUGUAAAGAAUGUUGUUCAGUCUCAAUUCAAAGAGAAGCUCUCACAUCUGUUUAAUCACAUCGUCAUUGGAAGAGAGAUACAGGAUGAUGACAUACGCAGUCUUUUUUUUGGUGAUUACCUCCUUGGCAGAAAAGAAGAUAAAUCUGAAAAGUUUUAUGAUGAAAUUAUGAAUAUGGAUGAUCUUAAAAAUUGCAUGCAGCAUUAUUUACAGAAGUUGAAUGAAAACAGCAAAACCUCUAUGGAUUUAGUGAUGUUUCAGUUUGCCAUUGAGCAUAUAUCUCGAAUUAGCAGAAUCCUCAGACUUCCUGUUGGCCAUGCCCUACUCAUUGGCAUUGGAGGAACCGGUCGACAGUCUGCAACAAAGCUUGCUGCAUUUAUGGCAGAUUUUGAGCUGUAUCAAGUUAGUAUUCAGAAAUCAUACACAGUUAGUGAAUGGAGAGAGGAUCUGAAAAAGUUGCUGAGAGCGGCUGGACAGAAUGGGACUCCAACUGUGUUUCUGUUUGCUGAUCAUCAAAUAAAGGAUGAGUCAUUUUUGGAAGACAUCAACAUGAUAUUGAACACUGGUGAUGUUCCUACCCUGUUUAAUAAUGAAGAAAAACUGGAAGUCAUAGAAAAGAUGCGUCAGCUUUUGUCAGCUGAAGACUCACAGACAGAUGACGCUCCACUUGACUUAUACAGUGAAUUUAAGAAAAGCAUCAGAAGAAACUUGCAUAUUGUACUGGCAUUUAGUCCUACAGGAGAAGCGUUUCGUAAUCGCAUCCGUCAGUUCCCAUCAUUAGUUAACUGCUGUACAGUGGACUGGUUUCAGGCAUGGCCUAAAGAUGCUCUUGAGAAGGUGGCAAAUCAUUUUCUUGAUGAUGUGGAAAUGUCACAGGAAAUCAGAAAUGAAGCUGUGUUCAUGUGUCAGCACUUCCAUCAAAGUGUUGUAGCGCUGUCUGAAAGGUUCUUUGAAUCACUGCAAAGACAUAUUUAUGUCACAUCAACAUCUUACCUGGAAUUAAUCAAGACUUUUAAGAAUCUCUUAGAACGAAAGAGGCUUGAAUUACUAACCAGUAAAAACAGAUAUAUGGUUGGACUUGAAAAACUGGAUUUUGCAUCCUCACAAGUGACAAUCAUGCAACAAGAAUUGACAGAACUAAAGCCUAUGCUGAUUGAACGGAGCAGAGAGACAGAGGAAUUGGUAAACAUCAUUGCAAAUGAGACAUUGGAAGUAGAAGCAGUUAAAAGUUUAGUUGAAGCAGAUGAGGCUGCAUCUAACAAGGCGGCUCAGGAAGCCAAAGCUAUUAAGGAUGAAUGCGAGCAGAAGCUAAGUGUUGCUAUGCCUGUACUAAAUACUGCUAUUGCAGCGCUUGAUACUUUGAAAGCCAGUGAUAUAACACUUUUAAAAACAAUGCAGAACCCACCCUCUGGAGUUCGACUUACUUUAGCUGCAAUCUGCAUCUUAAAGGGAAUUAAACCGGAAAAAAAAGUAGAACCAAAUGGAAAAACUGUGGAGGAUUUCUGGCCAGCUUCCAAAAAGAUGCUUGGAGAGAUGAAGUUUUUGGAGUCCUUAAAGGAAUUUGAUAAAGAUAAUAUUCCUCCAAAGGCUAUUGCCCAGAUAAGAAGAGAUUUUAUCAGCAAUACUGAGUUCCAGCCAGCUGUCAUUAAGAAUGUCUCUUCAGCUUGUGAAGGGCUUUGUAGCUGGGUCAGGGCCAUUGAAGUCUAUGACAAGGUUGCUAAGAUUGUAGCGCCAAAACGGCAAAAACUCCAAGAAGCCGAGACCGACCUAAAAAUUCAAAUGGGGAGACUGGAAGUAAAAAGAGCUGAGCUGAAAGAAGUGAGUGACAGAUUGGAAGUUCUUCAGGACCAAUUGUCUCAAAAACUGACUGAGAAGCAAACCCUGGAAGAAAAUAUUGAAAUAACAAAGUUGAAACUAGUUCGAGCAGAAAAACUAAUUAAUGGACUUGGAGGUGAAAAAGAGCGUUGGACAAACACUGCACUGCAACUCGAAGAUACUUACCAAAACAUUGUUGGUGAUUUGCUUCUAAGUGCUGCUAUUAUGGCUUAUUUGGGUUCAUUCACCCCAGAAUUUAGACACGAGAUAUUAAAAGAAUGGUUCUAUAUGUGCAAAGAUAGACAUAUUCCUGUUUCUGAUGGAUUUGCUCUUUCAAGCACCUUAGGAGAUCCUGUUAAGAUAAUGGAAUGGCAGCUACAUGGGCUCCCAAAAGACAAUUUCUCCAUAGAAAAUGCCAUUAUUGCGACAUUUUCACAGCGUUGGCCCCUUAUGAUUGACCCUCAAGGUCAAGCUAACAAAUGGAUAAAAAGUAUGGAAAAAAUAAAUAAACUUAAAGUCUGCAAAGCUUCUGAUCCUGAUUACCUUAGAACAAUUGGAAACAGCAUUCAGUUUGGAACACCAGUGCUAAUUGAAAAUUGCUCUGAAGAACUUGAUCCAAUUCUGGAGCCAGUGCUUCUAAGACAGACAUUUAAACAAAGUGGAUUGGAAUAUAUUCGUCUUGGCGAGGCUGUUAUUCAUUGCAGCAGGGAUUUUAAACUCUACAUGACCACCCGUCUCCGAAAUCCUCAUUACCUGCCUGAAGUGUCUGUCAAAGUUACUCUGAUCAAUUUCAUGAUCACCCCAAUAGGGUUGGAGGACCAACUGCUGACAAUACUUGCUGCAGAAGAGAAGCCAGAUUUAGAGCAUAAGAAAAAUCAGCUGUACCUAGAAGGAGCAAAAACAAGAAAACAGUUGAAAGAGAUAGAAGAUCAGAUUUUGGAAGUAUUAUCUCUGUCACAAGGAAACAUCUUGGAGGACGAACGAGCUAUUGACAUUCUUUCCUCCAGCAAAAAGUUAUCCCAGGAGAUUCACGAGAAACAAGAAAUAACAACUAAGACGGAAAAACAAAUUGAUGAUACCAGAGAUGGUUACAGACCUGUUGCAAACCUUUCCAGCGUGAUUUUCUUUGUCAUCUCAGACCUAGCUUAUAUUGAUUCCAUGUAUCAAUACUCCUUGGUUUGGUUUAUUAAUCUGUAUAUUAAUGCCAUCAAGAAAAGUCAGUCAUCCCCAAAUCUCCAGGAAAGAAUAACAAACCUUAAUGAUUAUUUCACAAACAGCAUUUAUGAGAGAGUUUGUAGUUCUCUGUUUGAAAAGCACAAGUUGCUCUUUUCCUUCUUACUCUGUGUGGGUUUGCAGAAGAACCGGGGAUUUAUAAAUAAUGAUGAGUGCCACUUUCUUCUCACUGGUGGAGUUGCACUGGAGAUCCCACGGCCAAAUCCUGAUCCAUUAUGGCUCAAAGACAAAUCUUGGGGUGAAAUUCUACGCCUUUCUACCUUGCCCAUCUUCAAUGGAUUGGAUGAUCACUUUUGUGCCUAUGUUGUUGAAUGGAAACGGAUAUAUGAUUCAUCCCAUCCUAAUGAAAUCGAAUUGCCAUACCCAUGGGAAGACAUACUAACCAGCUUUCAGAAAUUGUUAGUUUUACGCUGCAUAAGACCAGACAAGAUCAUACCUGCAAUUCAACAAUUUAUUAUUGAAAAAAUGGGCCCAACGUACAUAGAUCCUCCAACAUUUGAUCUUCAGCGUAGUUACAUGGAUUCUAUUUCAAGUACACCUCUGAUAUUUAUCCUUUCUCCUGGAGCUGACCCCUUAGAACUGCUGAUGAAAUUUGCAGAAGAACAAGAAAUGAAUGGUAUGCAUCUUCAGACAAUUUCUCUUGGUCAGGGUCAAGGUCCCAUUGCUCGGAAAAUGAUUGAAAAGGCAGCAGAAGACGGGACUUGGGCAAUACUACAAAACUGUCACCUAGCAAGUAGCUGGCUUCCAGAUCUAGAGCAGAUCUGUGAAGAAGUCAUUACAGAUCCUGAAAAAACAAGAUCAAGUUUUCGGCUAUGGCUGACAAGUUAUCCCUCACAAAACUUUCCUGUAUCAGUGCUGCAGAAUGGAAUAAAAAUGACUAAUGAACCACCAAAAGGAUUAAGGGCUAACUUGUUGAAAUCAUACCUCAGUGACCCAAUAUCUAACCCUGCUUUCUAUAAUGGUUCCAAUAAACCCAAGGCAUGGAAAAAACUUUUAUUUGGACUUUGCUUUUUUCAUGCUCUUGUCCAAGAAAGACGAACAUAUGGAUCACUAGGGUGGAAUAUACCCUAUGAAUUCAAUUAUUCUGAUCUAAAAAUCAGUGCUAAACAGCUACAGAUGUUCCUCAAUGAAUAUAAUCAAACUCCUUUUGAUGCUGUAAUUUAUCUUACUGGAGAAUGUAACUAUGGUGGAAGGGUCACAGAUGAGCAGGACAGGCGGCUUCUAUUAAGCUUACUUGACACAUUUAUUUGUGAAGCCAUAAUUACUGAGGACAAUUACAAAUUCUCUCCUAGUGGCAAAUACUUUGCUCCGAUGAAUGGUGCUCAUGACAGCUAUCUGGAAUAUAUAAAAAGCCUGCCUCUUAACACUGAUCCUGAGGUAUUUGGACUUCAUAUGAAUGCAAAUAUCACCAAAGAGCAGAAGGAGACAGCAGAACUGUUUGACGGGAUUUUAACCACCUUACCUAAAGAGACAAGUAGAGCUGGAAAAUCAUCAUCUGAAAUUGUCCAAGAACUUACAUGUGACAUCCUGUCAAAAAUACCCGAAGAUUUUAAUGUAGAGGAAGUCAUGAUCAAGUAUCCCACUCAGUACACAGAAUCUAUGAACACAGUGCUGGUUCAUGAAUUAUUGAGGUUUAAUUGUUUGACCUCUACCAUUCGAAGGAGCCUGCAAGAUUUAAAGAAAGCCAUUUCUGGUCUAUCUGUUAUGUCAAAUGAGCUUGACGAUUUGUUCAAGAGUAUGAUUGUUGGUAAAGUACCUGCUAUGUGGUCAGCUAAAUCAUACCCUUCUCUGAAACCAUUGGCUAGUUAUAUCACUGAUCUUCUACAAAGGUUAAAUUUCUUUAAGGACUGGAUCCAAAAGGGAACACCAAAAGUUUUUUGGAUUUCUGGAUUCUUCUUUACUCAGUCUUUUCUUACUGGAGCAAUGCAAAAUUAUGCCAGGAAAUACAAGACACCAAUUGACUUACUGCAACCUAAUUUUCAUGUAAUUGAUCAAGAGAACGACUAUGAUAUAACCAGCUCUCCGUCCGAUGGGAUAUAUAUCAAUGGCCUUUACAUGGAAGGUGCAAGAUGGGAUCGCGACAAGCAUGUCAUUGGUGAAUCUUUAGCCAAAGUGCUUUAUGAGAGCAUGCCUCUUAUAUGGCUUAUUCCUGGUGAGAAAAAAAAUAAAGAAGAUUCAUUUUAUGGAUGUCCAGUUUACAAGACGGGUGCUCGGCGAGGAGAACUUUCCACAACUGGACACUCAACAAACUAUGUGCUGACUAUGAAUUUAGCAACAGAAAAAAACCCAAAUUACUGGGUGAACAGAGGGGUGGCUUGCCUCUGUCAGCUUGAUUAUUAAAUGGACAUUAAAGUCAUAGUAUACAUCAGGAAUUAAGCACUGCUUUGCAAAAUAUAGGCUAGAUUACAGGUGGAGCGGUGUUUAGUUCUCCCGCUCGAGC